CAACUUUCAGGAAAUGAUUUGGUUUUUGUUUCUGUUUAGCACCGGGACUAUUGAACAACAGUAUAUGGUAGUAGGCUAAACAUUUGAGGAAAACAUUCUCACACAAAUAAUUAAUUAGGACAACUUAUUGAUAUAUAUUUCUACGCCAAAAGGCCAACUGACGACGUACGGCGUGGAUUCCCUUCGGAGUUUUCAUGGCACCAAAAAGAAAGAACACGUUACCCAAACCACUCCCAGAUGGCUUCAUACUGACCGACACUGAGAAGAAGAAAUGGAGGCUGGGGAAAAUCAUUGGUCAAGGUGGCUUUGGACUGAUCUAUCUUGCCUCCCAGGACGUGGACAGACCUGUUGCAGCAAACACUGACUUUGUGAUAAAAGUGGAGUACCAGGAGAAUGGCCCCCUGUUCUCCGAGCUCAAGUUCUACCAGAGGGCAGCCAAACCAGAGAGCAUGCAAAAAUGGAUGAGAAGCAGGAAACUGGACUUCCUGGGGAUCCCGGUGUACUGGGGAUCAGGGCUGGCUGAAUAUAAUGACCUCAGGUAUCGUUUUAUGGCCAUGGAUCGACUGGGCAGUGACCUCCAAAAAGUCUGCGAGCGCAAUGGAGGUCGACUUAAGAAGGCCACUGUGCUCCAGCUUGGUCAUGGACUGGUGGAUGUUCUCGAGUAUAUCCAUGAGAACGAGUAUGUCCAUGCAGACAUAAAAGCUGCCAACCUCAUGCUGGGUUACAGAGACCCUGACCAGGUCUACCUUGCAGACUAUGGGCUGUCCUACAGAUACUGUCCUGAUGGAGUCCACAAAGAGUACAAGGAAAACCCCAAGAAAGGCCACGAUGGAACCAUCGAGUACACCAGCCUUGAUGCCCAUAAAGGAGUUGCUCCAUCGAGACGUGGUGACCUCCAGAUUUUGGGUUUCUGUCUUCUCCACUGGUUAUGUGGGUCUCUUCCUUGGGACAAUGUUCUCAAGAACCCAACUCAAGUCCAGGAGGCCAAGGCCAGACUGAUGGAUAAUCUGCCAGGCUCAGUCCAGCAGCUGUCAGUGAGGGGAGCCAGCACAGAUGAAGUGGCUGCAUUCCUCCUCUAUGUAAAUUCUCUUGGCCACCAACAGCAGCCAGACUACCAGCAUUUGAAGUACCUGUUGGCCAGCGGAGGAAAGGGAAAACUCGACUUCUCCACGCCUCAAGGAUCUGCAGGAGAGUCGACUACCAAGGUGCCAGAUCCUCCCGCCAAAGGCAAGAAAGCAGGACGAGCCAGAGGGCCCUCCAAAGCCAAGGCUGCAGCCACAGAGGUGGAUGACGGUGAUGAUGAUGGUGGUGAUGAUGAAGAGGAGACGAAGCCUAAACCUGUGGCAUCUCGCUACAUAAGAGGACCACCCGUCGCUAAACCUCAGGCACAACAGAAGGAAGAGGGAAUCAGAAGAUCACUGAGGCCGAAGUCUGUGCAGACGUAUGAAGAAGAUGAUAGCUGGGAUGAGGAUGAGGAUGAGGACGAAGAGGAGGAGACCAGACCCAAACCCAUUGCUGAAUGCUAUCUCAGAGGCCCUCCAAUAGGACCCAGAGCUCAGUCUAAACAGCAAAGGCCUUUAUGGAGCUGUGUGAAGGCAGCUGUCAGUCAGACGGUGAGGUGUGGGCGUACCUUGCUGCAGUAAGGACACUCUCCAAAAACAAUGUUGAAGCUCUGCCUGCUGGAGGGCAGCGCUCGCAGCCACUGAAGGGAGAAAAAGGACAGAGACAAGAAAGACUACUUCAUCAAAUCAUUACCUUGAGUUCGGCACAUUGAUGUAAAGUGAUAAUAAGGCUUGUUUCAAUGUACUCUCAUUACUGCACACUUUUAAUACUUUGAGACGUUUUAAGGGCUUUUAUGUGGACCUUGUGAAUGUCCUGCCACUUCUAGGCUUUAAGAAGAGAGUCAUCCUGCUCAGGCAGAUGUGUGGAAGACUGAGUUCAUCUGCUGUGUUUGUUUUUCCCACAAACCCAACAACUAAUCUGCUCUACUGCUAUAUUCUAAACUUUUAUUUUACCCCGCUGACUACAACGUAACACAAGUUUGUCUAUUAGAACACUAGCAUUCACUUGUUUACAUUUCUGACAGUUAUGUACACAGACUGUACAGAAUAAAUUCAAUUAGGAAAUGAAUUGACUGUGAUUGGCUGCCUGCUGGCCAACAUGCACAUCUGUUUCAGUAGCAUGUUGAAGCUACAUUCAAAUCAGUAUUUAAGUGUUGAUUUUGACUUAAAACAACCUGUGUUGCUUUUCUUAAGAUGUUUUUUUGAUGACUGUUAUAUCAAAUAAAUAUUUUGCACGAAUCAAUU